AUGAGGAGAAAUACCAAAUAUUACCUGCUGCUGUUCUUCACAGUGAGCUUAUAUUUCACCGUUUCCAAGUUAAUAUUUGACAAAGUGUAUGAAACAUCACAAGUUGUUAUCGACGAGUUUUUCCACAUACCCCAAGGAAUGUUAUACUGCAAAUACAACUUUUCAUACUGGGAUUCUAAAAUCACGACGCUCCCUGGACUGUACAUGGUAUCAACUGUGGCCAUCGGCCCAUUCUUUGAAUGUAACACUUAUAAUCUAAGAUUUGUUAACUUAGUUGGUUCAUGUAUUAAUCUGAUGCUAUUCGCGUCCAUGUUAAAGUUCAUAUAUGCUAAUCAAAAUGGUAGUCAAGCGAAAAAUGUUCUGCAAGCGUUGAACAUGGCUCUCUUGCCUCCUUUGUAUUUCUUCUCGCACAUAUAUUACACGGAUACUAUGUCGCUAAUGUUCGUGUUACUGUUCACGAGGCUCUGUAUUAUUACUCGCAGCAAAUGGUUAAUAUUUAUCAUUGGAUUGUGCUGUGUCGUCAUGAGGCAGACUAAUGUAGUGUGGGUAGCAAUGGUAUUCGGUCAUAAGAUGUUAAACAUAAUAAUAAGAAGUUCGAGAGUUUUCGGUAAUCGACACAUAUCUAAGUCUGCCUUAUCGAUGAGAUCAAUAACCGCUCAGGAUAUUGAUCCUUCAAAACUAAAACGCUACUACAAUUUGUACGAUGCAGCUAUAGCCUUGAAAUAUCAUAUGUCGACAGGUUUUUCGAUAGCUUUUAGGUACACAAACAUCUCCGAUUGGCUUAUCAUGGUGCAGCAAAUCGCGGUGCUGUUAACAUUUAUUAUGUUCCUACUCUUGAAUGGUUCGAUUGUUGUCGGAGACAAAAAAGCUCACAUGGUGACAAUACAUGUAACCCAAUUAUUGUAUUUCCUAUUAUUCUACGGCGUAUUCGGUCUGCCGUAUGUCAUUGCCAAGGCUUCUUCAACCCUAAAGCUUAUGUUAAACAAUAAAAUGUACGUGUUAUUCUUUUCAAUAUUGUUUUACAUAAUCGUACAUUUUAAUACGCUUAUCCAUCCCUACAUGUUGGCUGACAACCGUCAUUAUACGUUUUAUUUGUGGAAUCGUUGGUUCAGGAAAUAUGAUUUUGCGAUAUACGCAACAGUACCAGCGUACGUCUUCUUCUUAUUUAGUUUAUAUGAUAAUUUAAAAGAUCAUAACUGCAUAUCGUUCUUACUACCGUACUCGAUCUGUAUUUUUAUUGUUGUAGCAUUGCAAAAGUUAGUUGAAAUUCGUUACUUCCUAAUUCCGUACAUUGUUCUCCGGUUGAGGUUUGUCAGGCCGUCGUUUAAGAUGGUUAUAGCCGAGUUCCUGUACUACGUGAUAAUAAAUGCGGUUACUUUUAACAUAUUCUUUACAAAAAAAAUAAUUUGGAAUACGUUAGAUGAGGUGCAAAGGAUAAUUUGGUAGGACGUAAAUGUGAAAUCGUAGUCUGUUAAUGUGU